GUUUGGCAACCAACAAGCCACAAAAACGACUUUUGUUCAGUUUGCACUCGUUUGCAAGUUUCCUCCUCUCUUCCUCCUCCCUUCCUUUCAGAAUUUGAAGACGUUUGCUGGGUUUGUGCGACUUCCUGCAGGCAGCUGGUGGCGCUCCAAGACAUCCUGAAGUGUGGUCGCCAUGACGCUGAAGGCAGCACUUCCUAAAUAUGAGAUCUUCUUCUACUACACCGUGCUGGUCUUGGCCCUGUCCUGGUCCACCUGCUGGGUCUUCCACGUGUCCGCCUCAAACGCCAACAGAAAAAGCUUAAAGUCCAACGUGAAGCCAGGAUGGAACAUUUUCGGCAGGAAAAUGGACACGGGGGAUUCGGAGUGGGCCAUGUGGUUUUGGACUUUCCGGGCCCACAUCCUGUUUGCUCUGUCGGGACACGUGCUGUUUGCCAAGUUGUGCUCCAUGUUGGCUCCUCAGUACAGGUCCCUGGUCCACAUGGUCUACGGGGUCCUGGCCGUGUGGACCAGCAUGGGCUGGACCUACGUCAGCCUGAUCCUGUCCCACUGCGUCCUGCUCUACAGCGUCUCCCUGGUGAAGACCCGCUGGCUCUGCUUCCUCACCGGACUUUGCACGCUGGCCACCUUCAGGUGUGAGCCCUUCGUGUCCUGGCAGGCGGGCAUGGUGGCGGGCGACUUCCCCCUGCGCCACGUCCUGUUCUACGGCGGCUGCGGCUUCACCAUCAUGCGCUGCUGCAGCUUCGCCCUGGAGAACUGCGAGCGGAGAGACGGCAACUUCAGCAUCCUGGAGCUGCUCAAGUACAACUUCUACUUGCCCUUCUUCUACUUCGGCCCCGUCAUGACCUUUGACCGCUUCUACCUGCAGGCCAACAAGUCCCAGGUGAGCAGGAAGGAGCGUGAGCUGUGGAACAUCAACAUGCAGGGUGUGACCCACCUGGCCCUGGUCCUCCUGGUGGACUUCCUCUUCCACUUCAUGUACGUCCUCAGCAUCCCCGGCGACCUGAAGCUGCUCAAGCACCUCUCCGACUGGGCUCUGGUGGGCGUGGCCUACUUCAACCUGCUCUAUGAUUGGGUGAAGGCGGCGGUCAUGUUCGGAGUCAUCAACACCGUGUGCAGACUGGACCAUCUGGACCCGCCCAAGCCUCCCAAGUGCAUCACCAUGCUUUACGUCUUUGCCGAAACGCACUUCGACCGAGGGAUCAACGAGUGGUUGUGCAAGUACGUGUACAAUCGCCUGGGCGGUAAGCAUGACGGCGUGCUGGAGGAACUGCUGGCCACGCUGUGCACCUACGCUGUCACCGUCCUCUGGCUGGGACCCAGCAAGGUGGUCCUCAUCUGGGCCUUCUUCAACUGCGUCGGACUCAACUUUGAGAUGUGGGCCGCCAAGUUGUUCUCCCAGGAGCCUCUGGCGUCUUUUGAGACGGCGAUGUCCGAGGCCAUGUGCCGCCGCGUCAGAGCCGUCUUCAACAUCUUCAACUUCUGGACCAUCGUUCUGUACAACACGCUGGCUCUCAACAGUCUGGACUUUGCCCAGCUGGUCGCCAAGCGCCUGCUGCUCAAAGGUUUCCCCUUCACCACCAUCACGGUCAUGUUUGUCACCUACUGCCUCAUUCAAGUCAUCAAGGAGCAGGAGAGGCGGCAGGCCCUCGUCGACGAUCCCGAUCCGCUUCCGCCCCCUGCGCCUGCGGCUGAAGGUCCGGCCUCAGCAGCGCAACCCCUCGCUGAUCCCAGCAAGAAGAAAGCAGAGUAGAUGACAUCAUCAGAACAUGGUGACCAUCCUAUCAGGACGUAUGGAAAUAAUUGUUCCACAUCUAAAUGGGCUAAAUGGGGUUAAGUAAGAAAUAGACAAUAAAAAUACAUUUCUUACCUUGA